AGCUCACACACAGUCACUGACUCGGGACGGAGGAGAGAGAGCUGUGCAGUCAUCUGUGCACCCCACUCCACGGUCACGGUUGUUUUCCUACUUACCCUCCGCACAAAUGAGUGCCGCAGACUUUGCAGCCGCUAUGGACUAUAUGGAGAGCAUCAACUCCUCUGAUCUAAACAUCAGCUGCUCAUCUGGAGACUGUAUUAUCCUGGAGUCUGUAUCAUGCUCCAAUACCUUGAACAAAAGUGCCCUGUUAUACACCCUUGCUAUCGUCUACAUCUUCAUCUUUGUGAUGGGACUUUUGGCCAAUUCCGUAGUCAUUUGGCUCAACCUGCAAUCCAAGUCUACUGGCUACGAGACCCACCUGUACAUCUUCAAUUUGGCCGUAGCGGACCUCUGCGUGCUUCUCACUUUGCCGGUCUGGGUAGUGUCAUUAGUCCAGCAUAACCAGUGGCCGAUGGGCGAGAUGACCUGCAAAGUGACCCAUCUGGUCUUCUCCAUCAACCUCUACAGCAGCAUCUUCUUCCUCACCUGCAUGAGCGUUGAUCGAUAUUUGUCGGUGUCGCUGCGCGGAACUGUCGGUAAACAGAAGAGGAAGAUAAUACGCCGCCUGGUUUGCGUGCUUGUCUGGCUUGUUGCAUUUGCAGUCUCACUCCCAGACACGUACUACUUAAAAACGGUGUCCUCCCCGGUUACCAAUGAGACCUACUGUCGUUCCAUGUACCCAGAGGACUCCUUCAAAGAGUGGCUGUUAGGAAUGGAAAUUCUUUCCAUUGUGUUGGGAUUCAUCGUUCCAUUCAUAGUCAUUGCAAUCUUCUAUUGCCUGCUAGCUUGGACUUUGUCAUCUUCAUCGUCCUCCUCCACAUCUUCAGCUGGAGACCAAGAGCGAAAAAUCAGCGGAAGGCUGAUUGUUUCUUACGUGGUGGUAUUUAUGGUUUGUUGGUUACCAUACCAUGCCAUGGUCUUGGUGGACGUCCUGUCCUUCCUACAGUUGCUGCCCUUCAGCUGCCUACUUGAUAAUUUCCUCUAUGCCGGCCUUCAUAUUACUCAGUGCUAUUCACUCCUCCACUGCUGCAUCAACCCAGUCUUAUACAGUUUCAUCCACCGGAACUACCGCUAUGAGAUAAUGAAGGCUUUUAUAUUCCGGUACUCUUCAAAGACUGGGCUUACCAAGCUGAUUGACUCCUCUAAGGUCUCGGAAGCAGAGUAUUCAGCUGUAGAGCAAACCCCAAAGUGAGGCAUGUCAGUGACUGAGCUGGCUGUCACUUUCAUUCACCACAGUUAGUAUAGACUGACGGAUCUGUGACCAAACUGACUCUUUGUCAUUUCUGCCGGUGCUGGCAGGAGAGAAGAGUCCUCCGCCCAUGAGUACAGCCUAAUUAAUACAGCUGGCGGUCCACCAAGCUACACUUUAAUCACCAAGAGAGCACAAGCAUAUGAAGACUCAGGAGCAAUAACUGCUGUGACCAGGGAUGUCUCCAAACAUCUGUCACAGAACUGUACUCUAAAUAGGGCUUUAAUGGCACUAAAUGGUAUGGGCACUUAGUCAUGUCUCGCUUAAUGUUCUGGCAGGAAGUGCAUGGCACUUCUGUCACUUAAUGGCCAUAAAAUGGUGCAAGGAAAGAGGUUACUGGGGAGGCAGCACGCAAAUGUAUAUAAUUACUAUCGCAUUAGUUAGAGGUGCGCAUUAAAAUAGACACCGUCUAGCGUAACUCACAGCUGUGCAAAUAGAUAACGUGGUAACACAAACCCAAACAAUAAAAUAAGCACCAAUGUGCAUUCAAUGCUAAACAUGUAUUUAUGUACAUAAAAAAUGCAAUGUGCUAUUACAUAGCAAGAGUAGACUGCACACUGUGGGCCGGAUUCCAAGUCGCAUAUAAUGCAGUCGCAAUUCUGGAUGCCUCUGGUGAUCGGGUGUCUUAUACAAAUGUCCUACUGUAUUAUGAGUUGGACGCAUUUAUGGAGAAGCUCCGCCCCCAGCACAUGGCCGCCAGAGCAGCUGGCAUCACUACACCUACCGCAUGAUUGGUGCAGAAGAUGCGACUGGUAAUUGUAGUCACUCUAAGUUCCGAAUGUCAGCUGUAAUUGUAGUCACUCUAAGUUCCGAAUGUCAGCUGUGGGGGAUGGAGCCGUUUUCUAAAAUCCGGCCGCAUUCAGACUUGUGUGCAACUCAUAAUCAGGGAGCGUAUACUAUUAGAAUAAAGAUACAAUAUAUCACUCAGACAACACAUAGUGGUAAAUUUACUAAGGUGGGAGUUUUUUUUUAGAACUGGUGAUGUUGCUUAUAGCAACCAAUCAGAUUCUACUUAACAUUUAUCUAGAAUCUGAUUGGUUGCUAUGCGCAACAUCACCUGUUCUAAAAAACUCCCACCUUAGUAAAUUUACCCCACGGAGUGGUGAAGGGAGAAUGAGUGAGACCUCUAGAGAAGUAGCUUAUUCCCGUAGAACCAGGUUGCUUUUUUCUACCCUUGCCACUAUGUAUGCCAUCUGGCUGAUAAAGUGUAUAAUGAUACUAUUGUUAUCCAAUUGCACAUUGUCAUUCUGUGUACAUGCUUGCAUGUGUAAUAUUGAUUGCGCAUUGGUGGCUGCAUCACUAAAUACAUGCAUCAUUUUUAUUCGUUGCUAAUA